AUGCCUCCGUCACAUUCCGUCACCGGAGUAGAACUCGAGAGCCACGUGUUCCCGCCGACGGUGAAGCCUCCGGGAUCGAGCAAGACUUUGUUUCUCGGUGGCGCAGGGGUGAGAGGUUUGGAAAUAGGAGGCAAGUUCGUGAAGUUUACGGCCAUCGGUGUGUACUUGGAAGAUAAUACCGUUUCUUCCCUUGCAGUUAAGUGGAAGGACAAGACUGCAGAGGAGUUAACGGAGUCCGUCGAGUUCUUCAGUGACACCGUCACAGGCCCUUUUGAGAAAUUCAUAAAGGUGACAAUGAUAUUGCCAUUAAUGGGUAACCAGUACUCUGAGAAGGUAUCAGAAAAUUGCAUUGCUCACUGGAAAGCAGUUGGAACCUACACUGAUGCUGAGGAAAAAGCCAUAGAAAAGUUCAUAGAGGUUUUCAAGGAUGAAACCUUCCCACCUGGUGCAUCCAUUCUUUUCACACAAUCACCGCUUGGAUCGUUAACGAUCAGCUUCUCCAAAGAUGGUACCAUUCCUGAUGUUUGGAACGCUACGAUAGAGAACAAACAUUUGUCAGAAGCAGUGUUGGAGUCUAUCAUAGGCAAGCAUGGCGUUUCCCCUGAAGCAAAGCAGAGUCUGGCGGCGAGAAUAGCUGACUUGUUGAAGCAGUGUGACGAGGAGGCUGCCGGGAAUGGAAAAUUGGGAGCUGGAAAGGAAUCCAAGGUGCAGUUGGCUGGUGCAGGUGUGGAGAUUACUGCAUGAGAGAAUGGUCAUAUGUGAGAGAAGAAAAUUGGGACUUCUGAGAUUUUGAUCAGUGUUUGUUGUUGUUCCUUUAAUUUAUGAGAAUAAGACUGUGUGAGAUCUACCUUCUGAUAUAUAUUUGUGGUGAAGAAUUACUGUAUGAUUCCGAUGGCAGUUGCAUAAAAGGUAAUCAUAGAUCGUUUUGCAUUAUUUUUUUUCUUUUGGUUUAACGGUG